UGCUGAUUAAAAACUGUUUACCUUAAAAUAACAAUUUACCAAUAUUAACAUUCGAAAGCAUCAGAUAAAGAUUUUCUAAUUUGCAAGAAAAAUUUGUGCGACGUCAUUGUAAAAAUUGCAGAAACUAAAUGAGCACGAUGACCCCUUUCGUAACGUGGAAAAUCUUUCUGUUGGUCGUUUUAUUUACGAUUGCUGUGCGAUCUAAGGAACAAAAUCAAGCUACCGAGACUCAGCAUCCAGUCAGCGGCAGCACGUUGACCACGACCGACCUGUCGGAAGCUGACAUGGAGUUUCCGUUGUCGCCGGCUACUGAGCGCUGGGCCGGUACAUCAGUCGGCAAAGGUGCGAGCGGAUCGGAAUGGAGCGCCCGCGUUAAAGCGGCCACGCAUAGGGCCCUACGUUGGCUAGUUAAAAAACGAGACGCUAACGGGGCCUGGGGCAAUCACACGCAUCAAGUGCUUCUUGCUUUGCAGAUCGCAAAUGAUUCUAAUGUUGAUGCAUUAUCAGUACUACCUCCAUCGUUGGAAACGAAAUUGUCGGAGAAAGAAAUGGAAAUUCAAAUACUUUUGGCGUUGGGAAGACCUCACGAAACUAUUCCCGAUCCUGGACAACUAGCCCGCUAUUCGUUGGCUUUAGAAUCACUUUGUAAGGAUCCUAGAAAGUUCCAUGGUCAUGAUUUAGUUGCUCUUAUACAACACCAUGAACCUCAACAGGAUUUGGAAUUCGCACUUACUGCUUUGGCUGCAUGCAGCAGUUCGGCGCAUGUUCGCAAGCGACAAAUUAGACGCCUACUAGAUAUUGCAAGUGCCGCCGCGGAUCAUAAUGUCGACACAAUAGCAAUGGUCGUGUUAGCUUUGCGUUGUAUAGUAACAGAUCAUCGCCAUAGGCAUCUUCAGCAUUUUGUUCGGAGACCAGCUAGAGGUCUCGCCAGACAGCAGGGUGCCAGGGGCGGAUUUGGCAGUGCCCGAACAACAGCUUUAGCUAUGCAGGCAUUACGCGACAUGGACGACGCAGCGUUACAGUGGAAUCGUUCGGCGGCCGAGGAAUGGCUUUUGGGUCUGCAAACUCCGGAGGGCGCUUGGGGACUUGGAGAAGGCGAUGGACCCGGAACCGCUUGGGGCCUGACUGCUGAUGUAGCUUUAGGACUGGCCACUCGUGGACUCGCAGCGGUACGCGAUUUGCAAUGUGAUUCUAAACGAGUUGGUGGCAAUGGUGAACAUAAAGACGAAAGAGUUGAGUAUGGAAAUGAAGGCCCGAAAAUUGCAGCUCCAAUUGGUUUAACUUGGGCAACCGAACAAGAUUCUGAAUCUCCUAACGUGACUAUUACGUAUACCUUAUGGCAUGGUCAAGAUAAUAUAACUUACAGCCAUUCCAUAACGCUAAUUUGUGCUCGAAAUACUAGUUUCUAUAGCGCAAUGCUCAUGGCUGCUGAUAUGGACCCAGAGUUCCAGUUCGAGGCUAGCGACUGGCCCAAUGGCCACUAUGUGCAUACUUUAGGUGAAAAGAAAGAAGAUCCCAAAGGAUAUUUAUACUGGUUGUUAUAUAGAUUGCCGGAAGCACCUGAUGUUCAACUUCCACCAGGAAAUCAACACGUAGCUCCAGUUGGUGUGGAUGGGCUCACUGUUGAAGAUGGAGAACACUAUCUAUUCUGGUACAAAAAGUUAUAAGUAAGGAUAAAGCAACUGAAUUGAAUAUGUUGAAUAAUAUAAAAAAUUUAAUUAUAAUUUGCG